AUGCAUCACUCUACCAAUGAUGGUGUGGUUAGGAAAGUGGAAAGAAUUACAGGGAUUGGAAGGCAAGAUUUUCCUUUCAUAUAUCUAGGAUGCCCAAUCUUUUAUACUAGAAAGAAGAUGGAGUAUUAUGAAGGACUUAUCAACAAAGUCCUAGACAAAUUACAGUCGCGGAAAGGGAAAUUACUGUCUAUCGGAGGAAGAGCAGUUUUGAUCACUUAUGUAUUGCAAAGCAUGCUCAUUCACUUGUUGCCAACAGUGAAUCCACCUGUAUUUGUGAUUAACAAACUUCAAAAGCUUUUUGCAAGAUUUUUCUGGAGCAAUUCAGUAGAUGGGAGAGCUAGACAUUGGGCUUCUUGGGAUACUUUAUGCUUGCCUUGUGAUUAA